UAAAUAAAUAUUUUAUAAUUUCAGCAAUGUCUCUUAAGUGGAUGAUACUGUUUUUCUUUGGAUUGAUCUGUUUGGUAAAUGGAGCUUCUGAGCGUGCCUUUAGUAGAUACGAAGAAGUCAAGUUUGAAGAUGGUCAAUGCGUAACCAAAGAGUUUGGUAAAAUUGAACCAGGAGGGUAUGCUAACAAUGACAGUGAGUGCAAACAAGCCUUCUGUUAUCCCCCUGACGAAGAUGAUGGUCUAAUUGCUUCAAUUCAUAUAAAUGAUUGUGCUGCAGAGAUUACUUGUGGUUUUACAAAAAAAGGCCCUGGUCACUUUCCUGACUGCUGUCCAUAUAAUGAUCCUGAUAACUGUAGAGAAUUGAGUGAAGUACCUCUUAAGUGAUAUGGUUCCUAUAGAGACUUGAAAAAUAAAUAACAUUUUUUGGAAA